GUCAUUAAUUCCAUUUCUCAUACUUCUUCUCUCAACAUUUCCUUUUCUCUCUCAACAUUCCCUUUUCUCAUAUUCCUUCCCCAUUCCAUCGAUCUUCUCUCCGCUUUUAUAUACAUCUCUCAACGUUUUCUUUUCUUCUCGAAUAUCACAAAACCCGAUUAGAUCUAUUGAUCGUGUUCUUGUUUCGGUCAUCGAUCUGAAAUUUAUUUAACCAGGAGUUUUGAUUAUUCAGAUCAAGACAUCAUGUCGGAAGAACACAGACUUCAGGAACCUCGGUUAUGCGCUAACGAUUGCGGUUUCUUCGGAAACACCGCUACGCAAAAUCUGUGCUCUAAAUGUUUUAGAGAUCUAAAGCACGAACAGGAAAACUACUCCACGGCCGAAAACGCCCUCAAGCAGACUCUCGCCGCCGUUGUUGCGUCCUCCUCCGUAUCCCCGCCGCCUCCUCCAGCCGAUCCGACUUCAGAUCUGAAAGAAGUCAACGCAACGAACCCGGAGAAAUGUCCAGCGACCGAGCACGAGGAGGACCAGAAGCCGCCGCAAGAUCCGAAACGUUGUUUGACUUGCCGGCGGCGCGUGGGGAUCACUGGCUUCAGGUGCAGGUGUGGGUACGUGUUUUGUGGAAGCCACAGGUACGCCGAGCAGCACGAAUGCACUUUUGAUUUCAAGCGGGUCGGGAAGGAGAAGAUCGCUAAGGCGAAUCCUAUUGUGAAAGCGGAGAAGCUCGAGAAGAUCUGAACAAAUUGUGUUCGGUGUAGAUUUAUCAUCAUCAAUUUAAGCUUAAUUUGAUUUCUUCUCAGUUUGGUUAUUAAAUGAUGUGUUUUUUUUAGAUUUCGAUCAUUGUUUUAGAAACACUAUUUGAUUGUUCUGUUAAGUGAUCAUAUAAUAAAGCAAUGAUAUUAGGGAACAAUCGAAGUCAUACUAUCAAACGUAGUUGUGAACUUGGUGCUAGUUUUUUU